AUGGCGGCGCUCCCUAUUCGCCCUCGCCCAGACGAGGGCACCACGCGCAUCGUCAGAGCCGCGCUCAUCUCGAUGGUGGCUUUCAUGUUGAGCAUCGCGACCUUUGUCCAAUUCACUCAGAUCGGAAUAAUCCAUGACCAGAGGUGCCUUCAGUUUCUCGGGCGCAUCAUGUGCAGCCUAUCACGAUUGUUCUUCAAUCACCUGAUCGCCGAAGCCGUCCGCGAGCGCGCCACGCCCCGCAAGAACGAUCUCGUCCUCGGCUUUGCAGGACUGGGCAUUGCCCUGCGCGCCCUGACGCUCCUCGAAACGGGCCGGCGCGACAUGAGAGAGCCCUCAAUCUGGGAGCUCACCACACAAAUGGGCAUGUGGUUGAACAGCAGCUGGAGGGAGCGCUUCGACGCGACGUAUGCCAACUUGUUCCUGACGGGCGUCAUAACUCUCGGCUUCAUGCACAUUCGGGGCGACGAAGAGGUGAGAGGGUACGUCCAGAGGGCGUACGAGCUGUUCACCGGCUUCUACAUGCGACUGUUGAUGACGCCCUGGGCGCUAUUCAUCAAUCCCGUUCCACCUAUGGUAACCUUUGUUUGGAGAAGGGUUCGGAGGUCAAGGCGCAGGGCUUGA